AUGUCGUGCCCAGACUGCAAAGGUGCUUACCAUUUGGGCCAGACUUGUUCCGGUAUCGCCGACAAGACGUUCACCAAUAUGGGUCAGUCUAAACGUGACAAGUGGAUAUGCCGGACAUGCCGUGGGAGAGAGAGUCAAGCGGGACCUUCUGGUGGGAUCGAAGCCUCGCAGGGUGUGGAGAAUCUAUCUGCUCAGCCGGCUGCCGUGACUGAGAAGCUGGAUGGGCUGCUCACCCUGAAAGUAAGUGUAGAUUCCCUCCUGUCUUUGUCGGCGCAGCUCAACCAACUCUUAUUGGUAAAGCCACUGGUUGAGAGCCUAAGGGAGACAAUCAACGAAAUUCAACAGUCCAUGGACUUCUCCGCUGACUAUGACCGUCUUCUCAAGCUGGCAACAGCGAACGAGCAAACUUGCACAGGUCUCCAGGAUGAACUGUCGCAACUCAAGUCAACUGUGGAGAUACAAGCAGCCAAAAUCCAAGAGAUCCGGGGCGCGCUCAACGACAACGAACAGCACAGUCGUCUCUCCAACGUCGAAGUGCACGGACUUCCUGUCUCGCCUAAAGAAGACCUAUUAUCCUUAAUUGAGUCUCUCGCGGAAAAGCUGAACAUCUCUCACUUCCACAAAACCGAUAUACUCGCUAUACAUCGCUUGCCUGCCAAAUGCGAAAAGGCCCCGCCGAUUCUAAUCCGAUUUGCUUCGGUCAGCAUGAAGGAAUCGUGGAUGGAAGCGCGGGGAAAGCUUCCCUCACUCAGUCACGUUGGUCCUUUCCCCAAAUUGUACUUAAACGACAACCUGACUCGUGCGAACAAGGGGCUGUUUUGUGAUAUACCCCCAGUAGUGAUCCUAGCCAAGCAGGACGUCGUCGCCGCAAUGUUCCAGUCCUGUCAUGUCGUCUCCUACUGGGUAACCGAGCUCCUUUGA